GUUGGUGGACAUAAUAUUUGGUAGUUCCUAUUUAGACCGAGUUCCUUACAUUAUGUCUCAAACUUAUUUUGCCAUCAUUAAACCUGAGCACUUUGCAAGGGCAACACUGCUCAUUACAUUGUUGAGGAAGCAGCAACUCUCCGCAUUAUCUGAUCGCAUGUAGCUGUGCUGUAUCUAACUAUUUAACUGACUGCUUACUUGAUCUUGGCCCAAUUUAUUUCCUGAUCACUACCAUCUGCGAAAGGAAAACAACAGGUUUCCUCCUGGUUAAUUAAGAGCGUGGAUAUUACGUAGGUGUGGGUGGUGCAGCUCAUUUUCACCAAGCCACGUACCAAUUUGUCAAGUACUCUGCUAUUUCCAAACUACAAGGAGGGUGGAAAUGUUUAAAACGAUGUGGGCGUUGGGGAAGUCGUCGUCGUCGCAGGGAGGUUCCAGUUCCAAGAUUAGGUCGAAGGAAUCUAUAAGUGAGGACUUGCAUAAUGAGGUGAGGGCGGCGGCACCCGGCGCGAGGCUAAGCUACAGCCUGCGAAGCUGUUUGGACCGCUUGGAUAAGUUGGAGCGCAAGGAAGUAGUGUCCGUUGUAGGAAAACAGGACGGUUGCUCUCCACUUUUCAUCGCCUGCAAAAAAGGAAACUUGGAGAUUGUUGAGUACUUGUUAGAAACUUGUGGAGCAGAAGUUGAACAAAAAGGAAUUUACGAAGUAGCGGACGAUAAAACUUCACAUUGUGUCACCCCCCUUUGGUGUGCGUCAGUUUGUGGAAAGCUGCCCAUAAUUAAAAUUUUAACGAAAUUUGGUGCAAACGUGAAUAGCAUCAGCGACACAGGUUCAACCCCUGUUCGGAGUGCAUGUUUCAUGACGCAUUUUGAGAUUGUGCAAUAUUUAGUAGAACACGCUGGUGCAGAUAUAAGCAUUCCAAAUUUUAAUGGUGGUACAGCAUUGAUCAACUCGGUUCAAAGUGCACCGUUGUGUGAGUACUUGGUCGCCCAUGGAGCUAAUGUAAAUGCUCAGGAUAUUCAACUGAAGACCGCACUUCACUACGCUAUCCAAGAGCAUAGGUUUGAUACUACAAAACUUCUUCUUGCUAAUGGGGCCUGUCCCUUUAUCAAAAAUCGGUAUGGAGAUGAUGCUCUUCAAACAGCUUGUCUUAAAGGAGCAACAUCCAUCUUUAAUUUUCUUCUGGAUUUUAUACCCCAAUACACGAGGGAAAGACGUGCAGAAAUGCACGAGUUGAUGGGAUCCACUUUUCUCGACGAAUUGCAUGAUAUACAAAUGGCUUUGUACUUUUGGAGGAAGGCAAUAUCAAUUCGUUGCGACUACGAGCCUCAAUUACCUAAACCUCAGCUUGGUUAUUCACCGUUGUAUGCGAAAAUCGUGGAUAAUGAAGCAAAAGAUGUUGAAAUAUUUGAAUUCAAAUCUCGUGAAGACCUUGAAAAUAUUGCAACGGACUUGGAUCAAAUGAGAAUUAACAGCUUGUUAAUUGCUGAGCGGAUACUAGGGGCAGGCCAUAAGGAUGUGAUAUUUCGAAUAAUGUAUCGUGGAGCUGCGUACGCUGACUCCUCACAUUACUUGGUCUGCAUUCGACUUUGGCGUUAUGCUUUGCAAUUACGCAUAGUAAAAGAUUCACUCUUGUACGGUGAUACCUGUUUUACUGCUUUGGCACUGAUACGUUUGUACCUGGACUUGGAUCGGAAUAGUGAAGUCGAUCGAAAGUCACCUACGCACCCACUUCAAGUUUCUGACCUGAUCGGCACGUUUGAACUCCUCAUUGAACAAUUGCCAACUUGUUCUGAAAUUGUCAGAAUCAGGCCAGUUUACAAACGACAACAAGAAAGUUACGACAGAUGCCUCCGAUGCUGUACACAUUUGCUUUAUCUUCUUCUCAAAGCCCCCAAAACUCCAGAGCAGACCAUAUAUUUACGAAAGGCGACGCAUAUGCUGUUGAAACACAAUCUUCGAAUGUGUAGCACCGGGGAUACGUUGCUUCAUAUGGCUGUUAGUCGUACAAACAUUGUUCGCAGCCAUUUCUUUGUGGACGACCAUCAGGUGUACGUUUUCCCGUCACUCGAUGUUGCUCGUUUUCUAAUCUCUUGUGGUGCUGAUGCCAACUCGGUGAAUGAUAAUCGUGCUCUAGCCCUCCACUUGGUGGUCUCAAAUGAUGAUUUUGAUCUUAAACUGGUUGACCUUUUACUAUCGAGUGGCUCGCAUGUCGACCAAUUGGACAAUAGCAACCAAAAUCCCUUAGCUAUCCUACAAUCUCGGUCCGGCAUUGGGUUUUCAGCCUUGGAGCACAUCUCAUUAAAAUGUCUAUCUGCCCAAUCUAUUUGCAAAUAUAAUAUUGCAUUCAAACCAGAAGAUUUACCAAGAGAAUUGAUGCACUACGUAGAAAUUCACCGACCUACACCUAUGGUGCCUGACGAUGCAAGAUCUCAUAGUCCAAGAAGCAAGUCAAACCGUCCUAACCAACGGUAACAAGUUUUGAAUGUAAAAGAAGACUGAAGCCAUUCGUAUUGAAAAAAGAACAAUUAAAUAUAUACAUAAGUGUAAUAAGUGUAAUUUUUAUUAAUCCAUCUCAAGCACCAUCGCACCAGUCAUUGUUCUGAUAUGAUUUGUGCACCUGCGCUUAUGGUGAGAUGAUUGCAUGUCGUUGAGCUUGUUGAAUUGCAAGUGCUAGUCUCUUACUUUUAUACUUUUUAUUAUUUCUUUAAAUCGUAAUUUUUAAGUUUUAUGUUUCAAGAAUCUUAUAGUGAGAUUUGAACCCUGUCAUAUUUUAAAUAAUAUUGUUGUUGCGAAUAAAUCGUUUUAUUAUUGUGAUUUACUAACAAAAGUAAAAAGAGGUCGAAUUGCAUGAAAUGUAUCGUAAUUGUUGUACCAAACGACGACCUACUUAUAUUGUGUUUGUAUUGUGUUUGUUCUAGAAAUGUAUAAGCAAUGACAAGAAUAAAUUUUUAAGAUGUCACUCACAUA